AUGGCAGCAAGACUCUUGUGUAACAACCUUACUACGAGCGCCCUUAAGCUCUCAACAAGGUCCGCGAGCAAUUUCACGGAUGUCGUAUUCGUUGGUGCGAAGCGAACUCCCGUCGGAUCAUUCCACUCAAAGCUGGCUCCUGUGCCAUGCACAGAACUCGGAUCUGCGGCCAUCAAGGGUGCAUGCGAACAUGCCAACAUCAAGCCAUCACAAGUUCAAGAACUUUUCUUCGGCUGUGUCGUACCAUCAGAUGUAGGCCAAGGACCAGCCCGUCAGGCUGCUCUCGGAGCAGGAGUUGACUUCUCAUGUGCGGUCACAACCGUUAACAAGUUGUGCGCUUCUGGAAUGAAGGCGAUGGCGUGUGCGGCUUCAAUUCUGCAACUUGGCCUUCAAGAGAUCGCCGUUGGUGGUGGUAUGGAGAGCAUGAGCCGAUGCCCAUUCUACAUUCCUCGUGGUGAACCUCCAUAUGGUGGAUUCUUUGCCAAGGAUGCCCUGGUUCGUGAUGGUUUGGCGGACGGUUUCACUGGCAAAUUGAUGGGUUUGUGCGCGGAUAUUGUUGCUGAGGAGCAGGGUAUUACUCGUGAAAUGCAAGACAAAUUUGCCAUCGAAAGUUACAAGAAGUCAGCUGCAGCUUGGGAGAAUGGUCACAUGCAAGCUGAGAUUGUUCCAAUCGAGGUCACUGCUGGCAAGAAGAAGUACAUCGUUGAUCGUGAUGAGGAGUACACUCGAGUCGACUAUGACAGAUUACCCAAACUGAGACCAGCUUUCAGGAAGGAAGGUACGGUAACGGCCGGUAACGCAUCGACGAUCAACGACGGUGCGGCCGCAUGCGUUCUGACCACUGUUGAGGGAGCCAAGAAAUACGGACUGAAGCCAUUGGCACGAAUGCGCGCAUACGGUGAUGCUGCCACCCAUCCGGAGAAGUUCGCUGUGGCACCAUCGAUGGUCAUUCCUAAGGUGCUGAAAUUGGCCGGCAUGGACGUGAAAGACGUUGAUGUUUGGGAGAUCAAUGAGGCGUUCGCAGUUGUGCCACUGCACUCAAUGAAGACAUUGAAUAUUGACCCGUCCAAGGUUAACAUCCACGGUGGCGGUUGCUCAAUUGGACAUCCUAUUGGUAUGUCUGGUUGCCGUAUUAUUGUUCACUUGAUCCACGCCAUGAAACCAGGACAAAUCGGAUGUGCCGCAAUCUGCAACGGUGGUGGUGGUGCCGGUGGUAUGAUCAUCGAGAAAUUGUAAACUCGCUCUCAAAACCAUUCGAUAGAUUGUUAUUAUUGUGAUCUGAACAUUCUCAACCGGAACUCUGCAAAAAAAAGUAUACGAAUAAAAGCUGAAAUGUUGC